AUGAGCUCCGGUUCUUCUACCACAGGCUCCAACGCUUUUUCUUCCGAUAUGGAUGAAUCAAAUUACCUGAAAAAGAAUAGGAUCUUGCAUCGGGCACGACUGGGUUUAUCCCUUAUUAUCUUCAUCGCUGCUGUCGCUAUUAUUCCCUGCGAAGCAGUCCCGUUCCAUCAUUAUAGGACUACGGCUAAGUGGGCCUCUUCGGGUCUUGCCCUCUGGCCGAUGAACUUUGAUAUCCGACCGACAGUAGCUGCUCUUGCUUGCGGCUGUGUCAUUGGAGCAUUGAACUUGGCAUACGUUGUUGUGGCUCUUCUUCCGUUGCCACAAUCGCGCAUUAAGCUCCUGAACUCCUACUCCUCAGCCUCAGCAACUGCAGGUUUUAUCACAGCCCUAGUGGGUCUUCUCUUCAUCAUCUACCUUCCAUCCUCGUCCUACCCAACCGGCUUCAACGAAAACGAGACCUUGCAUAGCUGGACUUGCAAAUGGAGGGAGAGCUCCAGUGACGAGGCUACACCUAUCCAUUUUGCACGCGACUGUCACGCUACGAAUGCGGGGUUCGGGCUGUUGUGCUUGACACUCGGAUUGGAGAUCUUUAUGGGGAUGGCUGCGGCCGCCGGAACCUGGUUCCAAAAAGAUGUUGGUCGCCGGCGUGAAGAGCAGGUUCAGUUGGAGAAGUUGGAGAUUGCUACGAAGCAGGCGUAUAAGAAUUGA